UAUCGGUUAAUAGUUGAGGAUCCUGUACUUUAUUUCUAAAUACGCUUGAAAAUGUUUUUCUAGUGGUUAAAAAUUAGCCCCAAAUCUAGCAGCUGACAUUCAAAGGAAUCCCAGCCAGAGGAAUUUGUCUAGGAAGGGAGACAAAAUUUCAUGAUGCGAAUGCUCCCAAUUUGCUUGGUUUUCCUGUGUCUCUUUUGUCUUUGUGGAUCAGAGGUUAAGCCUGCCCAGCCAGCUGAGCAAGACGGCUACCUCAUAGAAGAAUGCUUGACCUACCAAUACACCCACAAGUCCUGUAAGAAAGUUUUUUGUCACCCAUGGGAACGAUGUGUGGAGGGAAAAUGCCUGUGCAAGCUUCCCUACCAGUGCCCAAAGAAUGGCUCUGCAGUUUGUUCUACCGGUGGAAAGAACUUCCGUACUUACUGUCAGCUGAAGAGCUAUGAGUGCCAGCAACCCAAAGCAAAGUUUCUGCACAGGGGAACAUGCAAGCCUAAAGAAACAUUUUCAGUCUCUCUGGAUCAUGAAGAUUCAAGUUUGCUUCGAGUAAAACCUGUGAAUCAUAAGGAGGACAGUUUUGUGUGUGCUAGUGAAUGGACUAUGAAUGAAGCAAACGUGGCUUGCAGGCACCUUGGCUUUGAAUUAGGUGCUGAAUAUUACCAAGCCACUUCCAGCAUCACAGAAUCUGCAUUAAAUUCGUUAAACUGUCUGCAAAUAAGUUGCAGGGGCCUAGAGACAAGUCUUGCUGAAUGUCACAUAGAGAUGAAAUCAAGAGAUAGUAAUGAGGGACUGGUUAGCCUGCAGUGCCAUGAAAAUCUCAGAGUUUGUUCAGAUGGGGAGUUUCACUGUGUCAACAAGAAGUGCAUUUCUCUGAAUAAAACCUGUGAUGGGAUCAAUGACUGUGGAGACCUGAGUGAUGAACUGUGCUGUAGAGAGUGCAGAGAAAACAGUUUCCACUGCCGGUCAAACAUCUGUAUUCCAAAUAAGAGUGUCUGCAACAAAGAAAUUGACUGCCUCACAGGAGAGGAUGAAGCUGGAGUUACCUGUGCAGGCAAAGAAGAAGGUGCUGAAAAUGACAGUAUGGAUAAAGAAAGAAAAAGGAUAAAGACACUUCUUCCCCAAGUGCACUGUGGUGUUAGGAAUCACACAGUAACUCGACGGAAAAGAAUUGUAGGUGGAGAGAUUGCUGGAAAGGGUGAAUUUCCUUGGCAAGUGGCAAUUAAAGACACCAGCAAUGAAGGUUCCACAGUGUACUGUGGAGGGGUUUAUAUUGGUGGCUGUUGGGUUCUGACUGCUGCUCACUGUGUCAGGGCAAAUCGGGUCCAUCUCUACCUUGUCUGGGUUGGAAUGUUGAACACAAUAGCGUACGACAAAGAGACAAAUACUUUCAAACUAAACCAAGUGAUAAUUCAUGAAAAUUACAAUGCAUCAACAUAUGAAAAUGACAUUGCUCUGCUGGAGCUGAAAGGUUCUGGGCUCGGAGAAUGCUCCCUGGAAGACAACAGCAUACCUGCCUGUGUCCCCUGGUCAGAGUACAUGUUUAAGACUGGUGACAGAUGCAAGAUUUCUGGAUGGGGACUAGAGAAAGAUUACACAAAACAAUUUAUCCUCAAGUGGGGAAAUGUUAAUUUAUUUCACAAUUGUUCUGAAUUGUAUCCAGGACGAUUUUUAAAAAAAAUGGCAUGUGCAGGUACUUACGAUGGCUCCACGGACAGCUGUAAAGGGGAUUCAGGAGGCCCCCUGGUCUGCUUUGAUGCAGAAGACGUGGCCUACGUGUGGGGCAUUGUGAGCUGGGGUGAGAACUGUGGGGAGGCUGGCCACCCUGGUGUGUACACACAAGUUGCCAGCUAUUAUGACUGGAUUAGCCACCAUGUAUCAAGGGGUCUCAUUUCACGGUACAAUAUCUGAAACUCAGAAAAUUAAAUGCUUCCUUCAUAUCACCUAUGCAAAAAUAGUCCUUUUCCACACUCAGCUGACACAUAACUUAGCAACAAUCAAUACAAAUCUUCAAGAAAUGUAUUUUGAAAAUUCUUAACACUCUCUGAAUAUCACAUUUUAGCAGAGCCUGUGGGAAGAGAAUUUUACAGGCACAAGUCCACUGCAAAGGUCUCUAAUAAAAGCAGAUAUUAAAUUAUUUUUUCUCAUAAUAUUGGGUUUUUCCACUUUUCACAUUGCAUUUCAGUUGCUGUUGUUUAUUUAGCUAAAAGGGAUAAUGAUACUGCAAGCAGUGGUUGGAAAAUGACUGCACUGGCAAUAUGUGAACUUCACAGAAAGGACAGCAGCCAGCCUGUUUUAAAGAACUUACAUCAUCUCGAGGUCUAAGUCACCAGAAACCCUCAGCAGGCUGCCUGGUUUGGCACUUGAUUCCUUAGGCUUAUUGCAUAAGUAGACUUCAGCCCAUGUAUUAAUCAACAGAUUGGCUAAGACCAUGAGAUUUGUUGUAAUGCAACAAUUACUCAAAUAAUAAAUCUUGGUAGUUUUUGCAGCUACAAACUCAGACAAUUAAUAUCUAGUCAAUAUACAUCAUACGAUCAUCUAGCCUGGGGCAAUUUUUGUAGCUUUUAAGUUUUAUAAAUUUAACAGCAGCUGUUAAGAAACAACAAAGGAAUUUUAAAACUCAAACCUUCAACUUAAAUCAAAAGCAUCUUUACAUCUUAAGAUCUCUGUGUAUGUAUUUCUAUUUCAGGUAUCCAACAAACUCUCAACACCAAGUAGAGUUUUACACCAUUACAUACUCUAUGUGCAUCUGUAUUCUUACAGACAUACAUUUUAUAUAGCAAUAUAAAUAUAUAAAAAGACAAUACCUUAUACAUUUAAUUCUACAAAACCAUGUAGUACAUACAAAGUUAGACUUCUUGCUGUCAUAAAGAAAACAUCAGGCUAUACAUUAGACCUUCCCAUUCAUCAAGAGCUGUUCACAAAAAGUUUCCACAAAUUCUUUUUGAAGCAGUAGAAUUUGAUUUGUGGAUUGGUACCCUCAACACAAAGCUCACAUAGCUCUAGCCAGUUGUAUGAAAAUUAUCAAUAGCUUUAGAACAUUUUUCACUGUAUUCUAAUGACAAAUACUUUCAAUAUCCAUUUCACUUUAUUUCUCUAAAUUAUCCUGCUGAAUAAAUUGCAUAUGUUCACACAA